GUAUAUAUGGUGGAACUUUAUCAAGACACACUUGUAGACCUUCUCUUACCAAAAAGUGCAAGACGCUUGAAACUAGAGAUUAAAAAAGAUUCAAAGGGUAUGGUCUUUGUAGAGAAUGUGACAACUAUACCUAUAUCAACUUUGGAGGAACUGCGGAUGAUUAUUGAACGGGGAUCGGAACGACGCCAUGUUUCUGGAACAAAUAUGAAUGAAGAAAGCUCAAGGUCUCACCUAAUACUAUCGGUUGUUAUCGAGAGCAUUGAUCUUCAAACCCAGUCUGCUGCGAGGGGCAAGUUGAGUUUUGUGGAUCUUGCUGGUUCUGAGAGAGUAAAAAAGUCGGGCUCUGCCGGCUGCCAACUCAAAGAAGCUCAAAGUAUCAACAAAUCACUUUCUGCAUUAGGUGAUGUUAUUGGUGCUUUAUCUUCGGGCAACCAGCAUAUUCCUUACAGGAAUCACAAGCUAACAAUGUUGAUGAGUGAUUCAUUGGGCGGAAAUGCCAAGACGUUAAUGUUUGUUAAUGUGUCUCCAGCCGAAUCAAACUUGGACGAGACGUACAAUUCUCUACUAUACGCGUCGAGAGUGAGAACUAUCGUGAAUGAUCCCAGCAAACAUAUAUCAUCGAAAGAGAUGGUGCGAUUGAAAAAGUUGGUAGCAUACUGGAAAGAGCAAGCCGGUAAAAAAAGUGAGGAAGAAGACUUGGUGGAUAUUGAGGAAGAUCGUACACGAAAAGAUGAGGCAGAUAGUUGAAGAAUGCUGGCAUGGGAUUCAAUUCAUGUAGGUGAAAUUGAGACGAUAGUAUCAUUGGUUUUCACCAUUCUUUUUGUAGGAAGUUACUACUCUUAAGUAGAGUUUCUAUCUAAAAGUAAUGCUAUAUGUCUCAAACUUUAUCUGUUUUGAUGAGAUCUUCGUUACAAGAAAGGAAUUAAUGGUAGAUACAAUACGAAUCUGGUGAGAACUAUACAAACAAGAACAAAAGUGAAACAGUAUAAAGAUAAUCCAUUAUGUCAAAGUUAGGGUAUA